AUGUCAUCGAAAAUUCCAACUACGGGCACCAGAACAACACUGGACCCGACCGUCUCAGCAUUCCUCCAAAAGUUCCCCAACUUACACCUAGGAGGACGUGGCGACUUCCAUGAUGAACGAGCCCAUCACUUGAAAGUGUUUGGAAUUCACAACGUCCCCAAAGACAAGAUCCAUCCCAUCCACAAAGUCGAACACACCGCAGUCUCAGGUCCAUAUGGAACGAUCCCGAUCCGGGUUCUGUAUCCGUCGAGUGGCCAGCAAUACCGUGAGAACAAGACAGCCGGUGCCUUGAUCUACUUCCACGGCGGCGGGUACACUGUGGGAUCCGUGGACGAAUUCGAGAAUGGACUUCGCCUUUUGGCGGAAGAAAGCGGAGUCCAAGUCUAUGCUGUCGAAUACAGAUUGGCUCCAGAGCACAGCUAUCCAGUCCAGCUCGACGAAUACGACGCAGUCAUCGACGCACUUCAAGGCGAGUUCGGAAAGGCUCGUGGCGUGCACCAUGUCCUGGGUGGCGGCGAUUCCGCUGGCGGCAACAUGACUGCCGCAGUGACUUUGCGCAGAAAAGAUAACAACAAGAAGCCAUUGGCGGCACAGAUUCUAUUCUACCCAGAAGCUCGAGUUCCCUUCGACACUCCGGCAGCGGUCGAGAACAACACCGGCUACUACCUCGAAUGCAACGGCAUCUUCAGCUUCGCAGACCACUACCUUCCACGAGGGACUCCUCCUAGCGACCGCUAUAUCUCCCCUGGAAUGCAAAGUGUCGACAAGUUGAAAGCCCUACCGCCAGCCACGGUGUAUACAUCUGGUUUCGACCCACUCCGGGACGUUGGCGUCGAAUACGCCAGCAAGCUGGAGCGGGCGGGAAACAAGGUCAUCUGGAGACAUUAUCCCGCCAUGACGCAUGGCUGGCUGCAGAUGACGGCUUGGAGUCAGGCGGCGCUGGAUGCCGUGAGGGAGGUUGCUAAGGAUGUUCAUGUUCUUGCCUAUAGUCAAUAA